UGGUGAGUUGACUAUUUUCGGGUCCCAAGUCACAACACAGUUUUGCGUUUUGCCACGACUGCUGUAUGGAGCAGAGCAGCGCCCAACAACAUGUGAUCCAAAUGAUGGCGUCUCGUGAUCGUUUUAGAUUCUCUUGAACGAGACGUUCAUUCUGGGUGCCUGUCUCAACGCGCCACACGGACGGAUAAACCUUCACCAAGGGCCUUGUCUCACUUAAGUGGCGUUCAGUAAGCCACGUCCCUCGAGGUAUUGUGUUGACCGCAACACGAUCAGAUGCCAAUUGUUUUUCGAGUCUUGGAAAUGGGGGCUGGAUUUGACGUGUACAACGCUGAUGCCGAGUCCAACACGGUGGAGGUUCCGGAGGACGAGAUGGCCGCGAUCACUCAAACCGCCCGACUGGAUCUGCUGUGGCCGGCCGUGUACAUUACCUCGUACGAGACGAAGGGGGCUUACGUUGGAGUGGAGCUCUCAACGACGGGUCGGACAUACCGUUAUUUUCCGGGAACGGACCUCAGCGGGGUGAAGGGCUCUCGCUUCGCAUGCGAGUACGUGGAGGUAGACGGUUCGAUCGCUCCGUGCUUCGACCCGACCGUUCCCCCCUGGGAACGGUGGUACGAAACAGCUGAGGACCCAGAUUAUGACUCGGAGACUUUUCUCGCACCAGCCAUCAUCACCGAUCCCUUCAAAGGCUCAAUCGACGACGAUUGGUUGGUGGCACUGGCCCGUGCAGUCUACAGCCUCCUUGGAGUGGUCGGCAUGGACGUGCGGCUGGGGCAAUUGCAGGAGUCGGUGGAGGCCAUCAACUUCCUCGAUACUGGCUACUCUAUCCUGGCGACGGCUGAUGAAGGAGUAGUGCUGGCCGCCGCAGAGUGGGACGAGGACGCUUCGCAGGAAGCCCUAACGGUCUGCGACCUUCGUAUCGGCAUUAGCUCCGGUCGUGACGGUGACGGGUGGACGGACCUGAAAGCUGACACCGAGAACGGCGAGGUCAAAAGCUUCACUUCAAGUCCACCAACGGCGUCGACGGAGUGGAUCCUGGUCGCUGCCCCCGUGGAGGGCACCUUUGACACGGCCAUUUCCGGCGGUGCGGGCACGGUCGCCCACUACAUCCUGAGCGCCGUUCCUCGGAACGAAAUUUUCGAGCCGGUGGUUGGAAUGAUGGGCUUGAUAUGGGACAGUACGAUACAGGAGUUUCAUGUACAUCUCCUGUCUCUCUUUUCCUCUCUCCACGUCCAGAUCAUCAUUCCAACGGCCAUCGUCGCUUGCUGCACCCUGGUCGCCGUGGCUCUCGCCGUCUACUUCCUGGCUGGCUCGAUCACCCGCCCCAUCGUGAAGAUGACCAAGGCCGCACGCAGUACCACCGCGGACGGGGCGGAGCACGACGUCUUCGGCAGUGUAGCGGCGGAUCGGGGCAUCAAGAAAGACUCGGUCAGAGGCGCUGGUGGGGCACGUUUCUUGGACUAUCUCCUCUGCCGGGGAGACGACGAGAUCUCCACCCUUGGCAGAGAGUUCCAGCUCAUGAUCACUGGGCUCGGGAAGCGGGGAUCGGCGGCGGAGGCAAUAGGUGUGAUGGAAGAGCACACGGGUUACCCCAUAACCCUUUUACCUCGGGGCCGUCGGCGCUCACCGCGGCCGCCGCUACCGCCACCGCUGCUACUGCCCCGUGUGCGCCCGAAGACGCUGUGCCUGGUCCAAUGUCGUGAGGGUGGGCGUGUUGUAGCUCCGACGGCUCCAAUCGCGGCUGGGGUGUUUCUCAGCUGAUUUUUCUGCCGGUGCCACCGCCGUUGCCGUUGAGGCGUCGUACAAAAAAUGAGGGGGAAACUAUUGCAGUGCCUGCCCCGGAUGUUGUACUGCCAACGACACCGCGACCACCGCCGCCCGUGAGCGAUGGCGACGAUGCCGGCGUUUUGCUCGAGCACGUGGAAGAUGCGCGCUGACUGUUGUUAUCUCGUCGUUGUCCAUUCUAUGGUCAUUUCCCAUUACCGCGACCUCGAAGCGUCAUUGUUAAUUAUGAUGAUCGUUUGGUCGUUUGCCGUUUUUCGGUGGAGGUGGUGGUGAUGGCGAGGUCGAUUCGCGGGUCUGUUCGUUUUUUAUCGCAAUCCGUCGAACGGGGAGGUUUCUGUGAUUGUAUAUCUAUAGUCUAUGUGUGUGAUCCCAACAAGUGAAUCAUUCGUUUUCGUUACUAUUCUACAAUGUAUGAACAGUACCUGUACUGUGUUUUUCUGGCCUCCGAGCAACACAGAGUGUUAUCUCCCCUGUGGGUAACGUUUCGUUGUUGUGACCAAAUUGCAUUGGGCUCUGUUUGUGGUGCGAGGGUAGAGGGGCGAUGUUGGGAGGGGAUUGCGUGCCGAAUUGUGGGUACAUUCAUUCAUCAUUCGUUCACUCGUGCGGGGGGGGGGCUGCGCAAGCAACUCUUCGCGACGUGUAUGUAGGACGAAGCAGUAUGUCAGAGUGCUGUGUGUUCCUGCCUCUUUCUUUACACAGGCGGGAUUGCCGUCGUUUGGGGCAAUCGGUUGGCCUUGGCUGCACCCGUGUUGCAUUGUUUCCAACUGCUGUCUGCUUGUAACAUACUUUAUAGCCGAUGUAGUUGUGCAGCAAGUGUUCGAACCUCAGACUAAUGCGGGCAAUCGAUGAGGAAAUAAGUUGAUAUUCAGUGCACUACAAUAAUAAACAUGUACAGUAGACGAGUC